AUGAAUUUGGAAAACGUUUCUUGUGAUUAUUGGAGUUUGUUGGAAAUGAAUUUAGAGAACGACGAUCAUAGGGGUUUGCGACAUGUGAUGCGAUUAAAGUUGAGAAAAUUAGAAAUAAAUUAUGAAACAAAGCAAAGCGAACAAAAUGUUUUUAUCCUUCCUGAUCGCAUUCAUAGAGCUAAUAUAACCACUUAUAAUGAUUUCCAUGGAAUGAUAUAUAUCGAGGAAAAAAACCCCAUAUGGUUUAGGUUCGACAAAGACAAGAAAGAUAUCCUGAUACCUAGUGUUUACAUAUUAUGGCGUUUUCCUAAUCUUUUGCCAAAGAUUCCCACGUUUGCUCCUGUAAUCUCAAAGUUAAGAGGUGGCGCAAAUUUAAUGAUUCCUGGCAUUGCUUUUCCUCCCGAAGGAUUACCGGAUGUUAGAGAAGGAGAAAUCGGCAUCGCCGUACAAAUCGUUCAUAUUUACCGAGAUCAUUUGUGGAGUAUGGGAGACAAGAGUCAACUUCCCGAAGAUGAGGAAGUUAAAACCGAUUCUGUUUCCCAGGAUCAAGAAUCGGAAGAGCAGGCUUUCAAUGAAACUACAGAUGAGGCAAUUGAAGAGAGUGGUGAAAUCGCUGAUCUGCAUGCAGAGACAACAAAUGAUGAGGAACAGGUGAUUGAAGGCUCAUAUGAAGAGGAAUCAGAAUCUAAAAACAGUGGUGUUGAUAAAUCAUCUUCAAAAUACACCACUGCAGAAGUCGAUAAUCUUUUGCAGGCAUCAUUUUAUCAGGCUCUAUUGGAAAAAUUGACACCAUCUGGAACUUUUCCUAUCACAAGUUCGCAACUUUACUCUGCGUAUAUUCUUCCCUCACGUCCUGUUGGAACAGAUAAUGAUGUGGACGUAAAAAAAUCUAGCUAUAAAAAG